CGGCGCCAAGAUGAGUGGCGAGGAGAACCCAGCCAGCAAGCCCACGCCGGUGCAGGACGUACAGGGCGACGGGCGCUGGAUGUCCCUGCACCAUCGGUUCGUGGCUGACAGCAAAGAUAAGGAACCCGAAGUCGUCUUCAUCGGGGACUCCUUGGUCCAGCUCAUGCACCAGUGCGAGAUCUGGCGCGAGCUUUUCUCUCCUCUGCAUGCACUUAACUUUGGCAUCGGUGGUGACGGCACACAGCAUGUACUGUGGCGGCUGGAGAAUGGGGAGCUGGAACACAUCCGGCCCAAGAUUGUGGUGGUCUGGGUGGGCACCAACAACCACGGACACACAGCAGAGCAGGUGACUGGUGGCAUCAAGGCCAUUGUGCAACUGGUGAAUGAGCGACAGCCCCAGGCCCGGGUUGUGGUGCUGGGCCUGCUUCCGCGAGGCCAACAUCCCAACCCACUUCGGGAGAAGAACCGACAGGUGAACGAGCUGGUACGGGUGGCACUGGCUGGCCACCCUCGGGCCCACUUCCUAGAUGCCGACCCUGGCUUUGUGCACUCAGAUGGCACCAUCAGCCACCAUGACAUGUAUGAUUACCUGCAUCUGAGCCGCCUGGGCUACACACCUGUUUGCCGGGCUCUGCACUCCCUGCUUCUGCGUCUGCUGGCCCAAGACCAGGGCCAAGGUGCUCCCCUGCUGGAGCCUGCACCCUAAGCAUCCUGCUGCCUUCCCACAACAUUAAACUCUCCUUCCUCAG